AUGCUCGGCCUUGUUCGCGGCAACAUUUACUACAACCUGAUGAACUGGUACCGGUGCCUUGCCACCAUCCCAGUCGGUGUCGACAAGGGCAAGUUUAUGGAGACCAUGAUGGGUGUCAAGCAAACGCUCGAUCCUGCGCUCGAGCGCGAGCUUGGUGCCAUCUCUGCCACCGAGCCACAGUACAGUAUUGGAACCAAGAUCCGUGUGCUCGUCUCCAUGCUGCACAAGAUUUACACCCUGGACGGCCUCGUUGCCAGCUUCUUUGAAAACUUCAACCACCAUUACGCGCACGCUCGAAGCAUUGACUUUUUCAGCCUGUCCAUCCAAGAGCAGUCGGCGUGGAUUCGAAAGCUCCAUCGCGACGUCACGAGCAAGUGGGAAACGCCCAUCCUGAACGACACCUACGUCAUGCUCUUUUUUGGAAUGCUCAAAAAGCUGGUGGGCCAGUAUCUGCACCUGGACUCGGACAAGGCGCAGUCACUCCAAAACGACUUGCUGUGCGGCCAAGGCGAUGUCGAAAGCACCGAACCGACCAAGAUGCUCAUGCGCAUUGCCGCGCAGGUGGAUGCCUCUGCCGCCCCCGUCCGCAAGUGGUUCCUGGAGAACCAGCAAGACGUCAUUGCUCGCGUGCUGAACUUGUCGGAAGUCCGCUCCGCCACCAAGCGUGCCCGCAGAAGUCAAUCUGCCGAUCAUUUUGGCGACGCAGAGGCCUUUGUCCAAGCCAUCUCGAGCACCAAAGACGAUCCCAAGCACACGAUUUGCGCGCACAUUGAGCUCUUCCUCGACAAGUACGGUUUCCGCUGCAUCAACGAGCUCAAGCUCGAGGAGAGCACGCUGUAUGACCAGCCUGAUUUUGUCAUUGAAUCCAUUGCCGGCUACGUCCGCACCAAGUCGUACUCGAUCGACGCCAUGGAAGAGCGCGAGCUUGCCAUCCGCCACCAGGCUGAAGCAACCAUCAACAGCACACUCAACCCCGUCAAGCGCGCCUUCUUCAACUGGGUGCUGUGGCACGCACGUCGCGGCGUUCGCCACCGUGAAAACAUGCGCUUUGCGCGAACCAAAUUGUUUGGACUGUUCCGCGAGCUGUGGCGCGCCUAUGGCGCAAACUUGGUCAAGCUGGGACUUCUCCAGGAUCGACAGGAUGCCUUUUAUCUGACGCAGGACGAGCUGUACGCGUUUGCUGAUGGUCGCUCUGUCACGAACGACAUUGCUGGUCUUGUUGCGCUUCGCAAGCACGAGUACGACGAGUACCGCAAGGGCGUUUCUCCUCCCGAGCGCUUCAUGACGCGCGGCGCUGCUGGUCUGUUUAUGCACUAUCCCCAGAUCCUUGGCGACCUCAACAUGCUUCGCCAACUCGAGCUGGAUGCGGCUGCCGAUCCUCAGGUGCUCCGUGGCACACCGUGCUGCCCGGGUGUGGUCGAGGGCGUCGUCCGUGUGGCGGUGACCAUCAACGAGACAAAGAACCUGUCUGGCGAGAUUCUCGUGACUGCCCGCACCGAUCCAGGCUGGGUUCCGCUGUACCCGCUCUGCUCUGGCCUGCUGAUUGAGCGUGGCAGCCUUCUGUCGCACUCUGCUGUCGUGGCACGAGAGCUGGGCCUGCCGACCAUUGUUGGCAUUUCGGGUGGUCUGAUGAAGCGCCUGAAGACGGGAAUGCGUGUUCGCAUUGACGCCGCGAAGGGAGAGGUUCGCAUUCUGGACGACACUGACUCUGGAAGCAAUGUUGUUGCUGCUGCUGUCAAUGUCUCGGGCAAGGACACCCAGGCUCCCGAUGUGCUGGUUGGUGAUUCGACAACGCGCAAGCGCCGCAGCAACUCUCGCUCGCGGUCUUCGAACGAGGAUGAGGAGGAUGGUGCUUCCAAACGUUCACAGUCUCCUGCUCGUGGAAAGUCGCCGGCUCGAGGAAAGUCUCCUGCUCGUGGCGAGUCCAAGAAGUCCAAGUGA